AUGGCAGCUUUCAUGAAGUUUCUCAUAGUCACUGUUUUCUUGUUUGGACUUUUUGCCGCAGGUAUUAAUUCCCAGCAAUGCAGUCUGAGCAAUAUAAAGGUUAGUCAGGCGCAAUCAGGAAAGAAAGUGCAAAACAAGCCAGAAUGGACGGUGACGAUCACGAAUGAUUGCAUCUGUGGACAAUCGUCAUUGACAGUAGAUUGCAGUGGAUUUCAAACAGUGGAAGCCGUAGAUCCUUCAAUCUUGAAGGUUUCUGGUUCCACCUGUCUUAUCAAUAAUGGUCUGCCAGUCUUUGAAACUCAACCUAUUUCUUUCAACUAUGCUUGGGAUUCUGCCUCCGCUUCUUUCAAGCCGCUUUCCUCCCAAAUUAAUUGUUCUUAA